AUGUUGAAAGCAGGGGUGAAAGGGCAGUGCCUCAUUCUGGGAAGAGCAACAGCGCAGCUAGGGGUCACCUUUCGUCCGAAGCCUAUAAAGGUCAUAGUGCACCUGCUCCGCGGCACACCGCGGCGCGCCUCCAUUCUCUCAGCAAUCGCCACCGCCAAGCACCUGGCUCGUGACCGGUGUUGCCACAGCACAGUGACGCGCUUCGAGCCUUCAAUGUCGACCAUUUUCACUAUUCUGAUGCUGCUGCUGGCCACCCUGAGUAUGGUCAGCGGCCGCUGCCCGGACAACUGCCCAGAGAACUUCCACUGUCGGCUUAACACGCAUUGCUACCCGGAUAUCGACUUCGGUGGCCAGCAUCGACUCAUCUGCUGCCCGAGACGAUGACCUCCUGGAUAUGACUUGGAAGAACACGACAUACGGUACAAGACACCAUGAACACACGUGGAACCCGGAGUGAGCGGGCGGGCAGGCGUGGAGCACCGUGGCAUCCCAGCCAGACAGAAAAGGAUGAGAGUUCAACUCAGAGUAAAUUGUGUCGCCAUACUGGUGCUGUUUCAGUACUUUCUGCUUCCAUUGAACGUUGGAAGUGGGAUGGAUUUUACACAGCGCGCAAUGAACCGGAGACUUUGGUCACGUGUUGGAUAUGCUUGACAUGCUCACGUUCCAUUUUCGUGCGGAAGAAAUCACAGAUAAAAAUAUGUGAAGCGCAUGCUUUUGUUUCUGAUUGGGCUGCGUUGUAGUGAUAACGCGCACUGCUACGCAAUGCAUGCGCCACGAACGCGAGCGCAUGUCUUUUGCGGUAGUAUGGUGACAGUGCGCAUUGCUAUUAAUCGGAUUAUUGAACAUGCCUAAGCCGGCAGGUCAGGUCGGCAGUGCGUCGUGACACACGGGAGGAGAUUAACAGGCGUAUACGGGAGGGUGGGCCGAGCUCGAUGUGGCGCAGUGUGCAGCCUGUCGUCUCAUCUAAGCAGCCAACCAGGUCCACACCUGAUGCGGACGCGGACGACAUCAACCGGUACUUCGCCAGCAUUAGUACCGCGACCGUCCGCCAGGUGGACUCCUCAGGGCCGGAGCUGGCGGUACGCCUGCCGCGCGUGGCUACCGGCCGGUUCCGGGUAUCGCCCGUUGCGCCGGAGCAACUGCGAUGUGUCAUAGCCCGCGUGCGUAACGGUACGUCGUGCGGAGCAGACGGAUUGUGUAUCCGGUUUUUCAAACUGUGUGUAGACGCCAUUUGUCCCGUGAUCGCCCAUAUUGUCAAUUCAAGCCUGACAGCCCAUGUAGUUCCCGACUCGUGGAAGCUGACAAUAGCACAUCCUAUCCAAAAGACGCCAAAAUCCACUGAGGUUUCUAAUUACAGGCCUAUCUCAAUUUUACCGACUAUUGCUAAGGUUACCAAACGUGUAGUUUACGAGCAGAUGUUUGCAUAUUUUACCUCUCAUCACCUGUUCUCGUCUAGUCAACAUGGUUUUAGAUCAUAUCACCCCACUGACACGGCGCUUCUCACGGUAACUGACAAAGUUUUUGAGGUCAUGGAUCAAAGGGAAAUCACCUUGUUAUGCCUACUGGACCAAUCCAAGUGCUUUGAUAUUGUUCCACGCGAUGGACUUCUUAAAAAGCUCCAGCUGUACAAUGUUGAUGUACGUUGGUUUGCGAGGUACCUCCAAAAAUACAUUCAGCAGGU